GUGAGGGCGGUGAUGUUUUUCCUCCCACCCACUUUGGAGUCCCCCCUCCCCCUCGCGCGCACUCUAGCUCUCGCCACAACCUGCGAGCCCCAGACCUCGGAGGAGCGCCCCGGGGAGCUUGGAGCGCGCGCACGCUUGGAAGACAGCGGAGGCCAGUGGCCAGCUUGAGUACACCAGGUCCUGAAAGUUUUGAGUUACCUUUUGUAGUGGCCAAAAUGAGAAAAAAAUGGAAAAUGGGAGGCACGAAAAACAUCUUUUCCUUGUUGCUGUUCUUCCUUUUCCUCGAAGGAAGCAAAACCGAACAAGUGAAACAUUCAGAGACAUACUGUGUGUUUCAAGACAAGAAGUACAGAGUGGGCGAGAGAUGGCACCCUUACCUGGAACCUUAUGGGCUGGUUUACUGUGUGAACUGCAUCUGCUCAGAGAACGGGAAUGUGCUGUGUAGCCGAGUCAGAUGUCCGAGCCUUCACUGCCUCUCUCCCGUGCAUAUUCCUCAUCUGUGCUGCCCCCGAUGCCCAGAAGACUCCUUACCCCCAGCGAACAAUAAGGUGACCAGCAAGUCGUGUGAGUACAACGGGACCACUUACCAACAUGGUGAGCUGUUUAUGGCUGAUGGGCUCUUUCAGAAUCGGCACCCCAAUCAAUGCACCCAGUGCAGCUGUUCGGAGGGAAAUGUGUACUGUGGUCUCAAGACUUGCCCCAAGUUAACCUGUGCAUUCCCAGUCUCUGUUCCGGAUUCCUGCUGCCGGGUGUGCAGAGGGGAUGGAGAAUUGUCGUGGGAACAUUCUGAUGGGGAUAUCUUCCGGCAGCCUGCCAACAGAGAAGCAAGACAUUCUUACCACCGCUCUCAUUAUGAUCCUCCUCCGAACCGACAGGCUGCAGGUCUGCCCCGCUUUCCUGGGGCCAGAAGCCACCGGGGAGCUCUCAUGGAUUCCCAGCAAGCAUCGGGAACCAUCGUGCAGAUUGUCAUCAAUAACAAACAUAAGCACGGCCAAGUGUGUGUUUCCAAUGGGAAGACCUAUUCCCACGGCGAGUCCUGGCACCCGAACCUCCGGGCUUUUGGCAUUGUGGAGUGCGUGCUGUGCACAUGUAAUAUCACCAAGCAAGAGUGUAAGAAAAUCCACUGCCCCAGUCGAUACCCUUGCAAGUAUCCUCAAAAAAUAGAUGGAAAGUGCUGCAAGGUGUGUCCAGGUAAAAAGGCAAAAGAAGAACUUCCAGGCCAAAGUUUUGACAGCAAAGGCUAUUUUUGUGGAGAAGAAACAAUGCCUGUAUAUGAGUCUGUGUUCAUGGAAGAUGGGGAAAUCACCAGGAAAAUAGCACUAGAGACCGAGAGGCCACCUCAGGUAGAGGUCCACGUUUGGACCAUUCGAAAGGGCAUCCUCCAGCACUUCCAUAUUGAGAAAAUCUCCAAGCGGAUGUUUGAGGAGCUCCAUCACUUCAAGCUGGUGACCAGGACCACCCUGAGCCAGUGGAAGAUAUUCACCGAAGGAGAAGCUCAGAUCAGCCAGAUGUGUUCAAGUCGUGUGUGCAGAACAGAGCUUGAAGACUUAGUCAAGGUUUUGUACCUGGAAAGGUCUGAAAAGGGCCACUGUUAGACGAGACAGUGUGGGGUAGGGAGAGCAAGAACACACGCGAGCUGCAGCCGGACUGCAGGCUUAUUCUGCUUAAAUCAACAGUCCCUGAAAGCCCACGCUCCAGCGCAGUUAAUUUUUCACGCCAUGCACAGCAUGACUUGCUCCUUUAUGUGGAGUGGUGUGUCAGCCCUCAGCCAUCUCCUCCAAAGAGACUAGAGGAGUCUUGAAUGGUUUGUGAGAGGGAAGAGGGAUAGAACACCCCAACACUGCUCUACUUUCAGAGAGGAUCACAUUUCUUUACAGGUUAAUGACUAAACAAAGCCCCAGGGUUUCUAUAUAGAAACUUAUUGCAAUGAAAGUGAAGGGAAUUACUUAGUAGGAGUUCUGUAGUACGGACAUACUAUUGGUAUGAAAUUAUACUCUUGAAUUUUUGAAUUCUUGUUUUUGAAAAGAAUUAACUUCUCAUCCUGACACACAUGCAGGUGCACACGCCCACACACAAAACCGCAGCCUUCAUUCUGGGGCAACACCAGCAUAGCUCUCCUAUUCUUUCCCUUGCCUGCCUCCAAAGCAGCUCAGAGGGUGUUGGAAUCUAGAGGGAUAAAUAAGAAGUUGUGAGCAGAAGAUUCUGCUCUUAGGUCUGUGGUGUGGUUGUCGAAGUCCCUAACUCUGAUGGCAGAGUGAAGACUAAGAACACCUUUUCAUCACUAUAUUCACUCUGAUGUGGUAAAUGCAUUUCCCCUAAUGAUAACAUUUCUUCCCCCGCUCCCCGACCCCAUGGUGGUCACUAAAGAAAUGAGAAUUGGGUAUAAUUUCCAGAAAAUGAAUCUGUAUAAGACAAAAUAAUUGCUGAAGAAAGGAGUGAGUAGAGGUCAACAAGGUCAUUUUUGUGUCUUCAAGUCAAUAAAACUCACCCAUAAAUAGCUCAAUACUCACUAAUUUUCUUGAAGCCAAAGUUCCCUAGUCCAAAAAUUUAAGUUAAAUGAAAUUCUAGAAGUGUGUUAAAAGGGCAGUUUCCCUUCUCCAAUUACAGGAGUUGCUUUUUACUUUGCAAAGGGGCUCAGUGCUCAUGAGCCUCUGAAAGUUGGUUUUCAGUUAGAGUUAGUGUUCACCUGGAGAGAUGGGCGUUCUGAUAAAGAUCUUUAUCCUAAAUCUUCCUACCAUCUUCGUCUACUAAACGUGGAUUUAAAUCACAGAUCCUAGAGAACACUGCUCCAAAAAUGUCUAUUUGAGCCCAAUACCAGAUCAUAAAUUAUCCGUUCUGAGGCCUGGCUUUAGAAAUCAUCCUUGUGGGAAAACUAUAAAUUUUCCACCACAACGGUCUCAAACCUGCCUUCUAGAUUUAUCUCCUCUGAGGGGCAUGAAUGAACUCUACUGAGUACUCAGAAAUAUUAAGGACCCAUAAAUUCCAUAUUUCCCACUCCAUGACCAUAAAUAAGAGGAACAUUUUUUUUCCCUUAGAGUAUUUGACACCGGUAGAGAACAUAUAAAAGUUUCAGUCUUUAUGACUACCUGACAUAAAGGAGACUGUUCUCAUGAAAGAUACAGGGCCUUGUCGCCAGACCUUCCUGGGACAAGCCCCUCACCAGCUCGUCACACAUUCUCCUCAGGAAAGAGAGGUAAGACCUCCAGGGCUGCUGAAAAGCCACAAAGCAUUGUUGAGGGUGGGGUGUUAAGUAGCUGCUGCCUCCUUCCCAGAGGUGGCAGUAUUUCCCUAGUGUGGAAACAAGUACCCGGAUCCUGAAGCAAAGCAGUGAUUUCCCCUUUGAUGACUCAUCCCCAAACCUUCCCACCCAGGUGUUCUCUGAAAGCUCAACCUUAAGGGAACACCCAGAGAGCUUCCCUAGAUAGACUCCUGCCCCCAGGUGCUGGGACACACCUUUUCAAAGUGCUGGGUGAAGCAGGAACUGGGGAGCUGAGCUAGGCCAAUUCAAAACCCUCCAAUGUUUACUAUUGUGUAGGGAGUAGGACCCAUAGGGAGAAGAGGCUAACCUACCCGUAGUUAGUAGAGAGGAAUGGAUGUGGUUCUUCUUGUGUAUUUAUUUGUAUCAUAAACACCCGGAACAACAAAAUCAUAAGCACCAUUUAGCAGUUGUAGCCAUUUUAUAGUUAACUCAUGUAGACAAGUUAAAAGUAACAUAACAGUAUUACCCUUUCACUCUUCUCACAGGACAUGUACCUGAAUAUGGUAUUUAUCUAGUCACUGUA